ACGAUGAGCAUCGAGAUCCCGCCGGGCCUGACGGAGCUGCUGCAGGGCUACACGGUGGAGGUGCUGCGGCACCGGCCGCCGGAUCUGCUCAACUUCGCCGCCGAGUACUUCGCCCGCCUGAGGGAUGCCCGCGACCAGCAGCUGCGCGAGACGGGCAGGGUUAAAGGGGUCGCCUUCGACGGGGAGCCGAUGCAGACGGAGUCCAACGGCGAGGAGGAGCGGAGGGAAGAGGUCGACGAGGAGUCCGAUUCCGACUUUGAGCCUCCUGUUGUUAACAGAUUCAACAGAAGAGUAUCAGUCUGCGCAGAAGCAUUUAACCCAGAUGAAGAAGAUGAUGAAACAGAACCAAGGAUAGUUCAUCCCAAAACAGAUGAGCAGAGGUGCAGAUUGCAGGAUGCAUGUAAAGACAUCCUCCUUUUCAAAAACCUAGACCAGGAGCAACUGUCACAGGUUCUCGAUGCCAUGUUUGAAAGGAAAGUGCAACCUCAGGAACAUGUAAUUGACCAAGGGGACGAUGGAGACAACUUCUAUGUUGUUGAACGGGGAUUGUAUGAUAUUUUUGUAUCACGAGAUGGCCAGUCCCGUUGUGUUGGCCGCUAUGAUAAUCGUGGCAGCUUUGGAGAGCUGGCCUUGAUGUACAACACUCCUAGAGCAGCAACAAUUGUGGCUACAACAGAAGGAGCCCUUUGGGGACUGGAUCGAGUGACGUUCAGAAGGAUCAUACUGAAAAACAAUGCAAAGAAAAGGAAGACAUAUGAACUAUUUAUUGAAUCAGUGCCGCUUCUUAAGUCGCUAGAGCCUUCAGAACGAAUGAAGAUUGUUGAUGUAAUAGGGGAGAAGAAUUUUCAAGAUGGGGAGCGUAUCAUUGCUCAGGGUGAUAAAGCAGAAAGCUUUUACAUUGUAGAAUCUGGUGAAGUAAAAAUCUUGAUUAAAAGCAAGACUAUCACAAAUAAGGAUGCAAACCAGGAGGUGGAGAUUGCUCGGUGUCAAAAAGGACAGUAUUUUGGAGAGCUUGCACUUGUUACCAACAAACCGAGAGCCGCCUCUGCCUAUGCUGUUGGGGAGGUCAAAUGUUUAGUUAUGGAUGUACAAGCUUUCGAGAGAUUACUUGGGCCCUGUAUGGACAUUAUGAAGAGGAAUAUAACACAUUAUGAAGAGCAGCUGGUGGCAAUGUUUGGUUCUAGCUUGGACCUGACCAAUCCAGGCAAUUAGGCACAGAGUUACCUUUGUGCCUUCUCCGUUCAAGACACUCCUGUUAGCAACACCACACAAAUGAAAAAAAUGGACAUUACGGGACAGUGGCUGUUGGUGUCUUCUUGGGCAUUUUUU